AAUAUCGCUCAUUAACUUUGGACCAUCAAGCCUUCUCAAUGCUUAAGCGAUAGAAGCCAAGGGUGAAAACCUAAUAGAAGCAUAAGAAGGGAAGAGAUAAAAGAGAAGAACACAUUUGAGGAAAUUAUUCUCUAAAAUUAAAUUCACUCUGAUUUAGAAAUUAUUUUCCCAUGCCCACAUAUUUGAGGAAUAUAUUUUUUAUCCCAUGGCUUGGCAAAAAGUCCGUGUUUCUCCAUGGCAGAGUUUUUUUUUUAGGCCAUGCUGGAUUGUAGUUUCUAUUCGUUGCUACACAGUCAAGUGCUGAAGCUAUAAAUAAACACACACAUUACCCAUCUCUAUCUGUACUCAUUCCCAUGUUUCUUAUUUAGUCAAGUUUAAAUCAGAAAACCUCUCUACAAAAUAACAAAAAAUGGCAAAUCAACCUCCCCCAUCUCGUCCAUGGUUCCGUUUGCCUUCACUUGUCCGCCCAGCCCCUGAACCUGCUGCAACUUCAACACCUGAGCCAGCUCCUCCCCAGCCUCGUCCGCCUCUCGCUCGACCUGCAUUUAGGCCAGUUGCUCAGCCUGCCCCUCCAGCAACUCAACCUCAAGGACCCACUCCUGCCAUACCACCGCCUGCCGUUGCUUCCGUACCAGGUGGAGGUGUGGCAUCAGUACCAACAUCCCCAGCUCCGAGGCCGUCUGCCCCUUCCGCUUCAUUGCCUACUUCUCCGGCUCCAACCACCACAGUGGUUGCUCCAGUCACUACCUCUGCUUCAGUGCCAUCAUCUCCAAGACCCAGAGUUUCAGCUCCUACCUCCUCGCUCCCAUCUUCUCCCUCCCCUAAACCAGCUCCAUCUUCUUCUGUCCCAACGUCUCCAGCUUCUAAGCCAGUACCAACUCCUCCUGCCCCUAAAACAGCACCAAUCACCUCUUCGGUGCCAACUGCCAUGACCACCACUACGGCUCGUGUUCCUAUCCCUGAACCAUCUCCAAGAACCAUCAAGCCUUCGGUUCAAAGCCCACCUCAAUCACCUACGCCUAAGCCCACUGCUCCACCACCUUCUCCUCUGAUCCUACCACCUGCCAAGAUAAGAGCUGAUGCAGGAAGUGAAGAUAAGAUCCCAUUAGAAGCAGAGCAAAAAACAGUGCUAGUUCAAAAAACCAUUGAUAAGCCUAAGCCCUGGCUCAAUGGCGGCGAUUCAGGGAGAAAUCUUGUAGAUGCUGUCAAGACCAGCAUUUCACAACAUGGGAAGCAAGAACCGUCAAAAGACGGAGAAACAAAGGAAAAAGGCCAGCGAAAGAAGAUUUCUGAACAUGGGGGCAUGAGGGUAAUCACAAUUGCUGGAGAAAACAAAGGCGCCUUCAUGGAAGCAAUCCGCUCUCCUAAUAAGAAACACGUGUUCGAGGGCAAUCAGUGGGGAAGCUAUAGCAGCAGCAGCAGCAGCGGAGAAGGGAAACCAAAGAUGGACAAUGGCCACAAAGGAAGGACAAUGGCGUAUCCUCCAAUGAGUGCAUUUAUCAACAGUAAUGUGCAAGGUGUUAACAGCUCGAUUAUGCACGAUUCAUCCUGCACUCUUCAUGAUCCUGGAGUCCAUCUUGCUAUCACAAGAAAACCAGCGGGUGGCGGCUUCCACAUUAAGGACCACGGCAAUGAGCACUAAGGUUAAGACAACGCGAAAAUAAAGGAAUCGGUUCUAGCAAAAGAAGAGAAAAAAGCGGCUUAAUUUUACUUUGAUGUGUGGAUUUAGGCUACAGUAUGAUGUAAUGAGAAUAAUAUAUACAUGAAGUUAAUGAGUGAUGGUAAGGAAAUUAAAGGGUAUGGAUUCUGAUUCUUCAUUGUUAUGCUCCACUUGUGGUGGAGUACAAUUGAAGAUUGUUCAUUGUCCUUGCUAAGACACAUAGGGGUGGGUGAGACAUAUUGAUAUCCAUAAAUUGGAAUGUAAUAAUUCAAGAGUUGCACUUGCAUUCAACUUUCACUCAUACAUAUGUUUUGCAA